AGGUGACUGUGACAGAGUGGCAGAAAUAUAAGAAUAUGAUUUUUGAGUAAAACUUUUGUCGUGGAAGUUUUUUAAUCCAUCCCAAGAAUUUUCACUGAAAUUGCGGACUUUGUUCAUGAGUUGAAUUCCACGUUCAGGUCUGUUUUAUUUCAUUUUUUUCCUUCUGUGGGCAGACAGGUCUUUCUGUCGGUCUGUGGAUGUUUGUGUCACUGACUUUUUCCAUCUGAGAGUCCUGAUGGUUCCUGGGUCACACUUAGACCUGGAUAUGGCAGCUUAAUACUCCACAAAGUUGUGAUUCUGGAUCCACGUCGACAAAUAUGGCUUCCAGGAAAAAACAACGCAAGGGGCGUGUCCUAUCAUCUCUCCUGCCUUGCUGCUUCAAAGCGAGCGACCAACCAGAGAUCACCUAUUGCCAUGAUAACAUUAAUACUGUGAGUGGACUAGAGCCCAGCCUGCCCAUGCCCCCACAGCAGGAGCUGGACACCAUGUUCAUGGAACUGGUGGAUGAACUGGACCUGGCUGAGGAGAACAAAGCUGCUAUGUUUGCUUUGCCAGCAGAGAAAAAGUGGCAGAUCUACUGUAGUAAGAAAAUUGAGCUGGAGGAGAACAAAGGCGCCACCAGCUGGCCUGAAUUUUAUAUCGACCACCUCACAUUGAUGGCUGCUAGGAAGACUCUGGUGUUGCCGGAGGGAGAAGAAGACGAUGGAAGACAUAAGAUCACAGAGGGUCUGAAGACGGCGCUGAGGACACAACCCAUCAGCUUUGUGGUCCGGUUCAUUGAUUUGGACGGACUGACAUGUAUCCUGAAUUUCCUCAAAUCAAUGGAUUUCGAGACUCGUGAAUCUCAGAUCCACACUUCGCUGAUUGGCUGCAUCAAAGCGCUGAUGAAUAACUCGCAGAGCAGAGCGCACGUCCUCGGACAUGACGAGAGCAUCAGCAUCAUCGCACAAAGCCUCGCCAGUGAAAACAUCAAAACUAAGGUUGCAGUGUUGGAGAUUCUUGGUGCAGUGUGCUUGGUGCCUGGAGGCCACAAGAAAGUCCUAGAAGCCAUGCUGUACUACCAGACGUUUGCCUCAGAGAGAACACGCUUUCAGACUCUGGUGACAGACUUGGACAGAUCCAUGGGCCAUUACAGAGAUGAAGUGAAUCUGAAGACUGCCAUCAUGUCCUUUAUUAAUGCUGUUCUCAGCCAGGGAGCAGGAGAGAAAAGUCUGGUGUUCCGUAUCCAUUUACGCUACGAGUUCCUGAUGUUGGGUAUUCAGCCAGUUAUUGAUAAACUACACUCUCAUGAAAAUGAGACCCUUGACAGACAUCUGGACUUCUUUGAGAUGUUGAGAAAUGAAGAUGAGCACAUGAUGUCCAAAGGCUUUGAAGCUGUCCAUCUGGAGACUAAAAGUGCCGGCCAGAUGUUUGAGUUGAUCAGGAGGAGUCUGAGUCACACGGAGGCGUACCCUCACUUCCUGUCUGCACUGCAGCACUGUCUGAUGAUGCCACAUAAGCAGAACAGUGCAGCCCUUCAGUACUGGAUGCUGCUGGACCGGAUUGUUCAGCAGCUGGUGGUCCAGACUGAAAAAGGUGAAAAUCCAGAUGUUGCUCCCCUCGAAGACUUCAACGUUAAAAAUAUUCUGAACAUGCUGGUCAAAGAAAAUGAAGUCAGACGUUGGAAGGAACAAGCAGACAACAUGAGGAAAGAGUAUCAGAAUUUACAGCAACAUUUUGAAGUGAAAGAGAGAGAGUGUGAUGUUAAGAAAAAGGAGAAAGAAGACAUGAUGGAGAUGUUGAACAAAAUGAAGGAGAACCUGGAGCGAGAGAGCAGCAAUCACAGAAUGGCUAAAGCAGAAGCAGCUGAACUUUCAGCCAGGCUGCAGCAGUUCGGCUCGACAUCCAGUGUUCCGGGUGGACCUCCUGUCAUUGCUGGUUUAGGUCCUCCGUUCCAUAUCCCCCCCAUGCCUCCACUCGCGCCCCCGCCUCCUCCAGGAGGCCCACCCAUUGGCUUUGGCAUGCCUCCUUUUGCUCCACCUCUUCCUGGAUCUCUAUUUGGAACUGCUCAGAAGAAGAAUAUUCCACGGCCACCGAACCCAAUGAAAUCAUUCAACUGGAGCAAAAUGCCUGAGAACAAAAUAGAAGGAACCAUAUGGGCAGAAAUCGAUGAUCUUCUGGUGUUUACAGUUCUGGAUUUAGAGGAGUUCCAGAGGACCUUCUCGGCAUACCAGAAGUCACAGAAGGAUGCUGAGGACGAUGCCUUUACUGCAAAGAAAGUCAAAGAACUGUCUGUUAUCGAUGGUCGUCGAGCACAGAACUGUAACAUUCUGCUGUCACGGCUGAAGUUAACCAAUGAGGAGAUCCACCAAGCUGUCCUGACUAUGGAUGAACAGGAAGAUUUGCCUAAAGACAUGUUGGAACAGCUGCUGAAGUUUGUUCCUGAGAAGAGUGACACUGAGGUUUUAGAGGAGCACAAACAUGAGCUGGAGCGCAUGGCCAAAGCUGACCGAUUCCUGUUUGACAUGAACAGAAUUGACCACUAUCAGCAGAGACUGCAGGCUCUCCACUUCAAAAAGACGUUUGCUGAAAGAGUUGCUGACAUCAAACCUAAAAUCGAAGCUGUGUGCUCUGCAUCCAGGGAGGUGGUGAGCAGUGACUCCUUGCGUCAGCUUUUGGAAGUUGUUCUGGCUUUUGGGAACUACAUGAACAAAGGCCAGCGAGGGAACGCUUAUGGAUUCAAAGUGUCCAGUCUUAACAAGCUGGCCGACACCAAGUCCAGCACCGACAAAAACAUUACGCUGCUCCACUACAUCAUCACCACACUGGAGAAGAAAUAUCCAAAGGUGUUGACCUUCAGUCAAGAGCUAGAGAGUGUGCCUGAAGCUGCCAAAGUCAACAUGACAGAGCUGGACAAGGACACGGUGAACCUGAGAUCUGGACUGAAGUCUGUGGAGGCGGAACUGCAGUACCAGCAAAGCAGGUCCACUCAUGUCUCUGCUGACAAGUUUGUUCUUGUGAUGAGCCAGUUUGUCACUGUGGCAUCCUUCACUGUCUCUGAUGUCGAGGAGUCUCUCAUCAACGCAAAGCAACUAUUUGGACAGGCGCUCAGACACUUUGGAGAAGAUUCUUCCAAGCUGCAGCCUGAUGACUUCUUUGAGAUCUUCAACACUUUCUUUGCAGCCUUCUCAGAGGCCAAACAAGACAAUGUGAACAUGGUCCGACGCAAGGAGGAGGACGAGAGACGGGCACUCAUGGAAGCAAAGCUGAAGCGAGACCGGGAGCAGAAGAUGAGGAAAGCCAAAGCAAAUGAAGGCAGAGAAGAGGGGGGUGGCGAGUUCGAUGACUUGGUGUCUGCUCUGCGCUCUGGAGAGGUCUUCACCAAGGAUCUGUCCAUGAUGAAGCUGAGAAAGCAGCCAAUACACCAUUCCAGUCAGGGUGAGGGCGAACAGUCAGCCACCACCUUCAGCUGCUGAAAGAAGGCUCUGUGGACAACAGCGCCUCCAUGUGGCUGUCAGCAUCCUGCAGACUGCUCACACAACAAAUCACCAGCUCUGCAGUGGUACCUGACAACACCUGGAUCAAGGUUAAACUUAUUUACACGUCAUGAUGAAUUAUGACACUGUGUGUGUUUCUGUACAAAGCUGAAGAAACACACACACAGAGCACAGAGAACAGUUCGCGGUUUAUCAGGAUUAUCUCAGCGUGUCCUAAAGUCUGUGAUGGCCCCGCCCCCUGUUACAGUGUCAUUGUGAUGACGAGCAUUCACUGUUGCAAGCACCUGGUGGUUAUUUGCGUUAUAUUUACUCCAAAUCAAUAAAGACUUCACAGUCACAUCUAAGACGGACUAAAGAAAAUUAAAUCAGAACCCUAAUAAUGUUUUUGUCACCAAGGAACAUAGACACUGUCACAUUAUUAUUACCAUAUUUGAUUAUAUAAUGAAAUUAUAUUAUGACACAGACACUUUUGCACGUCCUCCUUACUGGCGCCAUCUUUGGUGUGAUCAGUAUCUUUGGUUGUCAAAGAUGCACCAAAAAUAUUUUUCUGUUUUUUUUUUUUUUUCCUCAUACAAUUAUGCCUUUAAUUUCUGUGAAAUUCAGAAUUUUCUCUGAAUAUUACUUCCUGGUUUUGUAACACACACACACACACACACACACACACACACACACACACACACACACACACACACACACACACACACACACACUGUGUUGCAGUAGACUGUAAUUGAUCUUCCUAGUAAUUACUGAGCAUAAUGUACGAGGUCUGUCCGUAAGUCCAGCUCUCCACAAGUUCUUUUAUACUCACUCGACUGGUAAGCACUGAAAGCCGAGAUAGACAUGUCCCAACUUGUCCUCUAACACGCCGA